AUGGCGACCGCCGCGAGCCUCCGCGCGCGCAAGGACCAAAUCGUCGAGCAGUACCGCGAUCACGCCGACCUCGUCCGCGACGUCCAGAAGCAGGCGCUCGCAGAGGUGCUGCCCUCGCUCCGGGACGAGUUCGCACUCGAUGAGGACGCGGUCGCAGCGGGGACGGCGUUGCUGGAGGAUCGAGUCACCGUCUUCCGCUUCUGCCGCCGCGCCCGCUUCUCCCCCACCGCAGCCUUGAAGCUCCUUCAUGCGACGUGCCACUGGCGCUUGACCUCUCACCUGCGCCACCUCAGCCCCGCGUCAAUCCACUCGAUCUACCUCACCAAGCCGCUCUUCUUCUUCCACCCGUCCCUCGUCGACCGGUUUGGCCGUCCCUGCGCUGUACUCAACUUGAAGUACGUCCAGCGGACGGAGGAUGGACGGCUUGAUGCCCUGAAGGAGUUUGUGAGGCUUGGGUGGGAGGUCGGGAGGAGGUACUUGUCGGACAUGAGCCGGAGAGCGGGAGACGACCAGGACCCGAAGCUGCAGAUGGUCGUGAUUGUCGACCUCGACGGCGCCGGCAUGUCGAACCUGGAAGUCGAGCUACUCCCUUUCUUCCUCGACCUGCUCAAGAACCAUUUCCCCGGGAUGGUCGGAGCCAUCUUCGUUUUGAACUAUGGCUGGGCGUACGCCGGCAUGUGGCAGCUCGCCAAGCGCGUCUUGCCGAACACGGCGCUCGAGCGGAUCUUGUUCCCGAGCAAGGAGGAGCUGCUCGAGUUCUUUGACGAAGACCAUCUGCUCGUCGAACAUGGCGGGAACGUCAAGUACGACUACACGCCUGCCAACCCGAUCCUCGACAAGUACGGCCGACUACCACACCUCACCACCUCAACCGCCUCCUCAGCGUACCCCUCACCCGGCCCGACACCCUCCGCAUCGUCCGCCUCGCUGCACGGCGAAGUCUUCCACUCUGCUCCUCCUUCUCGACCCAUCACUCCCGCCAUGUCACGCCGACAAAGCGGUCUCGUCAUGACCGCCGCCAGCUCAAAAGCCGAAUCGAGCGGGUCAUCCGGCUGGUUCGGGUUUGGGCGUCGCCCGCCGCCUCAGAGCGAAGGCAGUCCAAGCGGUUUGCGGCGCGUGCGGAGUCUCGCCGAGUUGCACAAAAAGCUCGAGCAGACUCAGCGCGAGAUUGACGAUGACGACUCGCUGAGCGAGGAGCAGUCUGAGUAUGGAGCGGGAGACGGCGGGAGCGCGGAUGGCGAGCAGGGGGAGUCGUUCGGGCCGGAUUCGUCGAGAGGGCCCUCGACUGUCGCGUCGGGACGGAGCUCGAGGUUUUCGUCGAGAGCCGGGUCGAGGGUGCAAUCCAGGACGGUGUCGAGGUCCGUCUCGAGGGAGGCGUCGCCGUCGAGACGGCGGAGCGUCGAGCCGCUCACAACGGCGGGCGGUGGCGGUGUCGGCGACAUGCACAUGAUGUCCCCUUACAACGCUUCGAACCCGCAUUUCGGUUACCCCGCCUACGUUCCUCCAUCUUCGCUCGAUCCCUACGGCAUUCCAAGACCACACCACUACCGACGCCGAAAACGCGACCUCGUCCGCACGCUCACCUACCUCGCCGCGCUUCGCUUCCUCGCCCUCCACCGAGCCAUUCAGUACCGCCUCAACCUCAUAGUCGCGAUGCUGUUCCGCAUCACUGGACUCGGAUGGUGGCAGGCGCGAAAAGCGAGGGCCAAGGCGUUCGAGGCUGCUCGCGCGGCGGGCGGAGCGGGUCCGGUACCCGACAAGAAGGUCCACUGGGUCGCGAGCAACAACGGUUCGCCCGCCUCGUCCAACUCGUCUUCCUCGACCUCGAUCGCGUCCAUCGUCCCUCCCGCUCCGCACGAACAUCAUCACUCGCACGCGCAUCCUUCAGCUGUCGCCAUCCCCGCCCAGUCUUCCUACUUCAUCGACAUCGACCCGUCGAUCUUCUACCUCUCCGUCCUGUUCCUCAUCAUCCGUACGCCGAGGCGAAGGGAAAAGCUCAAAGCGCUGUGUCGAUUCUUGGCGGUUGGAGCGCCGAGCUGGACUUUGGCGAAGGGCAGGGAGGGGGCGCUGAUGGCGCUGCUUGGACGGGAGAAGGCGCGGACGCUGCUGGAGCAGGAGCGGGUGGCCAGAGGAGCGUGA